GCGGCGGCGGCAGGAGCGGCGGGAGCCGAGGCGGAGGCUCCGGACGCUGCCCCAGGACCCGGGACGCCGGAGAGCCGCGCCCUGAGCGCUCAGCCCGAGGCGUCAUGGCCGAGUACGGGACCCUCCUGCAGGACCUGACCAACAACAUCACCCUCGAAGACCUGGAGCAGCUCAAGUCGGCUUGCAAGGAGGACAUUCCCAGCGAGAAGAGCGAGGAGAUCACUACAGGCAGUGCCUGGUUCAGCUUCCUGGAGAGCCACAACAAGCUGGACAAAGACAACCUUUCCUACAUCGAGCACAUCUUUGAGAUCUCCCGCCGCCCCGACCUGCUCACCAUGGUGGUGGACUACAGAACCCGUGUUCUGAAGAUCUCGGAGGAGGAGGAGCUGGACACCAAGCUGACCCGUAUCCCCAGUGCCAAGAAGUACAAAGAUAUUAUCCGGCAGCCCUCCGAGGAAGAGAUCAUCAAACUGGCUCCGCCACCGAAGAAAGCCUGAGCGAGGGGGAGGAGAGGAGGAAGGUUGGACCUUCAGCGGACCACUCCCUUCCCCCAGCCUCCAGGGGAGGGGCAAGGGCCACCCCCCAGUCUACCCACUUACUAACCUGGUCCUAACCCCCUUACUGUGCGCGUGUGUGUGCGUGUGCGCACGCUCUGUCUGUCUCUAUGUCUAGCUCAUCUAGUUCCUCCUCCUCGUGAGGGGGUGGGGGUCGGGCUGGGGGGGGGGCUUCGUUUCCCCACUUUAGGGGGACAUGGGGGCUAUUUCUAUGCAAAUAGAAAUGGGCACAUUCCUCCUACUGCCCUUUCCUCUAUGGCUGAAGUGUGGGAGCAGAAAGGACCUGUAUUUUCCUACACCGCGGAGCUGAGCUGGCGGUAAAGCGUGGGGCAAGGUGGGUGCGUCUAGUGACAAGCAGUGGGAGGGAAGGCGGUCACCCAGCCGCCACCUGGAAGGGGCAGAGAAAAGCCAGAGUUCCGCCUCUGCACCCUGUGCUGGACCGGCAGAGGGAUCUUUUCUAGAUGGUCCUUAGGUUGGAGGGCCUGGGCCCCAGCAGGUCCCUUUCUCCUCCCCUCCUAUGGGCCUAGGAUGGGUAUGAGCCAGGGAUCUAGUGAAGGAUCUAGUGAGAGGACCACAGGACCCUUCCCUGGCCCCGAAGUAGGGACUCCACGGAGCAGCCAGCACUAGUUACUCCCCCGCACCCCCAAGAGCCCACGCUGGGAGCAGGCCCCACCACACCAGGCGCCGGGGGUGUGGGCGAGAGGGGCCCUCUUCGCCACUCCUUUAUUCCUACUCAGACUGUUGCACACACGGACUCCAAACCUGGGGAGGUUAAGGAAUGAGCUCCUUAGGUCUUCACUCCCACCCUGCCCCACCCACAGGGUCCCCGCGUGGUCACUACAGGUGACCUUCCUUCUCUGGGGUCUGGAACACCCCCAGCAGGAAAGACAGGAAGAAGCUAAUUAUAGCCUUUCCCUUUGGACUGAACCCCCCAGUUCAGUCCAGGAGGGGACUUGCUAGCCCGUCUCCCUUGAUAUCCUGGCGUGUUGGGCUCGUGAAUGCCUCCUAGCCAAAUCGCUAGACCCCAGCCCCCUUCCUGUGCCAAGACGCUCUCCCCACCCUGACCGUGCUAACUGUGUGUACAUAUAUAUCUACAUAUAUGUAUAUUAAACCCGCACUGCCAUGUCUGCCCUUGCUCGUGGUGUCUAGCAUUAACUUAUUGUCUAGGCCAGGGCGGGGCUGGGAGCGGAACACCACAGCCAAGGGAGGGCCCGUCACGUUGCUACAUAGGCAAAAUGAAAAAAAAUUUUUUUUAAACUUUAAAUUCACACGCCAUUUCAAGAGACUUUUUAGAGAAAGUUGGAAGUUCAGAGCUUGUAAGAUGUGGGAGCAAAACUGACGUGGGACAGGAAGACUGGCUGCUGGAAGAGGGAGGAAGCCAGGCUGGCCGGAGAGUGGCUUCUGCUCCCGGCCUGGCCCGGCCCCGCCGUCCCCUCUGGCCACUGCUGCGGCACCUGCCUUAACACGCACACCUGGAGCACUCCACAGCUCUGCCUUAAAGGACCCCCCAUGCCUGCCCAGCCCUGUCUGCGUCUCCCUCCAGGACAGAGAGAUACUUGUAGAAUUGGGAGGAGGGGGACUGAGCACGUAUCGUCCUUCCGGUCAGGAUUACGUGAUGUGAGUGUGUGUGUGUAAGAGAGAAAGAGAGAGAGGAGGGAGGGAUGGGAGCCUUCUCUGAAGAGCGGAGGGUGAGAUGGGAGAAGGGAGACGGUCAUUUUCAGCAGAGUCUAGGAAUACCUCUGUAAGGCAAAAAAUCAUCUAAAAAGACUAACCUGCCCUCCCACCCCCUAUGGCUGCGAGGUUGUCCCUAUCCUGUGCUCCUCUGUCUGCAGUGUGCACGGCCUUCUAACCCUGGAAUAAAGGUGACUGACUGUACUGCA